GGCAGCAUGGUGAGCCAAUGGCCUGCCCCAUCACCUGACCGCUAUUUGAAUAUUGAUGCUCCCCCUGCCGCCACCCCCCAGUGUUGUUGUUGUCUGACAUUGUCCGAGGGACCGUCGCUACGGUAGGAGAUUUCCAUAACCGGACUAGACGAUCGAAAUGUCUUCGUUGCUCAAGCCUUUUUCAGUGUGUGAAGGACCGUGCGAGAGCUGCGGUGUGAGGAGAGGAUGCCCGAGCUCAGCUCCUCAUCGGCAGCCUUCAUCGCAGCGUCUGGCAGCCGCAGCUGCCGCGGCGGGGCUGGGCUCUCUGCCGACCCACCAGCGGUCGUACGCGGCGAGGAGAAACCUGGCGGCUGCUGCAAUCGGAGGGAGGAAGAUCACCCAUCCUGGAAAGGCCAUCCUUGCAGGUGGCAUUGCAGGAGGAAUAGAGAUCUGUAUCACAUUCCCCACAGAGUAUGUCAAGACCCAGCUGCAGCUAGAUGAGAGAGCCAACCCGCCGCGAUACAGAGGGAUUGGUGACUGUGUGAAGUUGACUGUGCAGGAUCAUGGGCUCAGAGGGUUGUAUCGCGGUCUCAGCUCCCUGCUUUAUGGAUCAAUACCCAAGUCUGCAGUGAGGUUUGGCACGUUUGAGAUGCUCAGCAACCCAAUGCGAGAUGCCACAGGUCGCUUAGACAACACGCGAAGCCUCUUGUGUGGUUUAGGAGCAGGUAUAACGGAGGCAGUCAUCGUUGUCUGCCCCAUGGAGACGCUCAAGGUGAAGUUGAUCCAUGAUCAGUGUUCCCUCAGACCUCGCUACAGGGGCUUCUUCCAUGGAGUCAGUGAGAUAAUCAGAGAACAGGGUGUGAGGGGGACGUAUCAAGGUCUGACAGCAACUGUGCUGAAACAAGGAACCAAUCAGGCCAUCCGAUUCUAUGUGAUGAAUGCGCUGCGCAAUUGGUACAAAGGCGAUGACCCCAGGCGAGACAUGCACCCAAUUGUCACAGCAAUGUUUGGAGCGACGGCGGGAGCAGCAAGUGUUUUUGGAAAUACACCUCUGGAUGUGGUGAAGACCAGGAUGCAGGGUUUGGAGGCCCACCGCUACAAAAACACAGUGGACUGCGCCUUCCAGAUCUUGAAGCAGGAAGGACCACAGGCGUUCUACAAAGGAACAGUUCCUCGGCUUGGCCGCGUAUGCCUGGAUGUUGCCAUAGUCUUUGUCAUCUACGAGGAGGUGUACAAACUACUCAACAACGUGUGGAAGACUCAGUAGACUGGCUGGACGGUUACAGAGAUUCAGACAGAAGCACAGAUCAGUGCCUCAUGCUACGCACAACUGAACACCUCUAUCCUAGUUCGUACUUGCUCUCAGCAUUUACCCUGAGCAGAUGACACUUCAUCAUGACAAGUUUGCAACCUUUUACAUAAAAUAAACGCAGGAUGUAUCCAAAAAACAAUAAUUAACAAAAAUGACAGAGAGUGGCUGAUAGUACAGACAGCUCAGUUUUGCAUUUCUCCUUAAGGCCCAUUUAUGCUCCCUUUAUGUCCAAAAAUGUAUAUGUCCGUUUCAAACGAUGUUACUAUCACUGCCC